AUGAUCCUACGGGAGGAAGAGUUACUGAAGACAUUUCAAGGUUUGAAUUUGGGAGUUAGAAAAGAAUCUGGAAUCCUAUGUUUGAGUCAGUUGCAAAUUUUAAGUGAUUUUAAAUCAGAUCUUUUGAAGGCUCAUCAAGACAGUGAAACGUUACGUAAGGUAUUACCAGCAGUUGAACAGGAAAAACAGUGGAGAGUGUCAAAAGGACAGGAUGGUUUGUGGAUGUUCAAGAACUGGAUUGUUGUGCCAGAUACUGGGGACCUACGACAGAGUAUCUUGAAAGAAGCUCAUAAGAGCGGGUUUUCAAUUCAUCCAGGAAGUACUAAAAUGUAUCAGGAUCUAAAAGCGAUAUUCUGGUGGCCAGGUUUGCCUAGAACCCGGUCUGGUUAUGAUGCUAUUUGGGUGGUUGUGGACCAAUUGACGAAAUCAGCUCAUUUUCUUCCUAUCCAAAUAAGUUGCACAAUGGAGGAAUUGGCUCGAAUGUAUAUCAAAGAGAUUGUUAGGUUACAUGGCGUGCCUUCUACUAUUAUAUCUGAUAGAGAUCCUCGUUUUAUAUCAAGGUUCUGGGGAGCUUUUCAGCGUGCAUUUGGGACUCAGUUAAGUUUGAGUACUGCGUAUCAUCCUCAGAUAGAUGCUAUCAUGCGAGCAUCGAAAUGGCUCUAUAUGAAGCUCUAUAUGGCAGGAAAUGUCAAUCUCUGUUGUGUUGGUAUGAAGCUGGAGAAAAGAAUCUAUGCCGACCAAAGGCGAAAGCCUUUGGAUUUUGAAGAAGGAGAACAUGUCUUUCUGAAAGUUACACCAACCACUGGAGUGGGAAGAGCUAUUAAGACUGAGAAACUGAAUCCCCGUUAUAUUGGACCGUUUGAGAUCCUGAAGAGAAUUGGACCAGUGACUUAUAGAAUUGCCUUACCGCCGUAUCUUUCAAACUUGCACGAUGUGUUCCAUGUGUCACAGCUUCAGAAGUAUACUCCUGAUGCAAGUCAUGUUCUGGAACCAGAACCAAUCCAAGAAAGAGAAGAUCUAACACUUCCAGUAAUUCCUGUGAGAAUUGAUUAUAUUAAUAUUAAACGAUUACGUGGAAAGAAAGUAUCUUUGGUAAAAGUAGCUUGGAGUCGAGCUAGUAUCGAGGAACAUACCUGGGAGCUCAAAUCAGAUAUGCGAAAAGACUAG